CUUUUGGUUCUGCCGGUGUCGUAGCUGGUUUUCAGAGCUAGACUGGAGGAGACUCGGGUCUCCCCAUAAAUAUCGACCUGCAUCCGGUAGCUACGAACAGACACACACACACACACCAGCUUAGUCACCAUGAGUUCCUUCUCAAUGGAUAGGCUCCCCGUCGCCGGCCUCCUUGCCUUCCUGCUGCUUCCGAUUCUGUCAAUAGAAAUCGGAGAUGCAACAACUGGAGCUCCGGCCGAGGAAUACUGGAAGUCCGCUCUUCCCAACAACACUCCCAUGCCAGCCUCCCUUUCCCGCCUCAUCAGGGGGAGGAGCUCCGUCAACAAUGGCUACGACAAAUCCGCGACGAAGGCGCAGCUGCGCAAGGCAUGCGGCAUCUACAACCGCUACGAGAAAUCCGCAACGGAGGAGCAGAUGCAGCAGCACCAUGCCGCCGGCGUCGCGCUCUUCUUCCUAGAGAGCGACAUCCAGCCAGGGAAGAAGCUCACCCUCCAUUUCAUGCCUGCAUAUGUGGCCGGAGAGAAGUUCCUCCCACGCGGCGAGGCCGACGCCAUCCCCUUCUCGUCCGACAAGAUCCCGGAGAUCCUCAGCCGCUUCUCCUUGAGCCCGGGCUCCGCCGAGGCGGCGGAGGUGGCGGAGACGCUGCGGGACUGCGAGAGGCCCGCGGCGAAGGGCGAGAGGAAGGCGUGCGCCACGUCGCUGGAGUCCAUGGUCGACUUCGCCGUGUCGGGCCUCGGGACCAGCCACGUCAGGGUCACCUCGACUGCCGUCGUGGCAGGAGGAAAGGAAGACUCCUUCCAGAAGCAGGAGUACACGGUGGCCGGCGUGAAGCGCGCGUCGGCGGCCGCCGGCGCUCAACGGCUGGUGGUCUGCCACGCGGAGCCGUAUGCCUACGCCGUGUUCUCCUGCCACCUGGCACGUGCCACGAGGGCGUACACGGUGUCCGUCGUCGGCGAGGACGGCACGGCGGCGGAGGCCGCCGCGGUGUGCCACACGGACACGGCCGGCUGGAACCCGAAGCACCUCGCGCUGCAGAUGCUCAACGUGAAGCCCGGCACGGUGCCGGUCUGCCACUUUCUGCCGCAGAACGACGUUGUCUGGGCUCGCAGCUAGCGGCUGACACUUCGAUAUAUCCUGCCGGCUGGGUUCGCGCGCUUAAUUGUGUUGUGUUCUGUAUGCUUGCUUUGUCGUCGGUAUGUUGUCGUAAAAAAUAAGGCAGGAAUCGCCAAUAUCACUGACGGAGGAUGAAUCGGCCGGUGAUGGAUGGCCCGUAGGUAUUAUACGUCACCGAAGCCUCGUCAGCUACCUAGUUAAUUUGUACUGUUAUGCACAGUUUGGUUUGGUGUGGUAACUAUCUGUAUCGCUGUAUUUAGAUUAAUCCCAGUGAUGGAACGCGCGCUACUUUGUUCCUUUUGCUGCAA